AUGAGUUUUCUAAACUUCUUUGAUUUGUCCGACAAUAAUCUCAGUGGUUCACUACCCACUUCUUUAAUCAAUCUGACUAGGUUGCAAAGUCUUUCCCUUUUCCAAAAUAACCUUUCCGGCAUCAUACCUCGAGAUAUAGGAAGGCUACACUCUCUUACUAGCUUAGCUUUGCACCGAAACAGUCUUAGUGGUUCAAUACCCGCUUCUUUAACGGAUUUGACUAGCUUAAAAGAACUUUACCUUUCGGAUAACCAACUCUUCGGAAUCAUUCCUCGGGAUAUAGGAAGGCUACACUCUCUCACCAUCUUUGAUUUGGCCACAAACAAACUCAUGGGUCCAAUCCCUACUUCAAUAUGCAAUUUAACCAGCUUGACCUCUUUAUCAUUUUUCGAUAAUGACCUUUCUGGCAUCAUACCUCGAGAUAUAGGAAGGCUAGAGUCUCUUGUUAUCUUUUAUUUGUCCAAAAACAAUCUCAGUGGUUUAGUCCCUGCUUCUUUAACCAAUUUGACUAGCCUGGAGAGUGUAAUCCUUUCAGAAAACCAACUCUCUGGUUUCAUUCCUAAAGAUAUAGGAAGGCUAGUCUCUCUUACAAGCUUAUAUUUGAACAUGAAUAACCUUUCUGGUUCUAUCCCUGCUUCUGUUGGUAACUUGAAAAAGUUGAAUAUUUUAUAUCUUUUUGGAAAUCAACUAACUGGCUCAUUACCAAUAGGAUUCCAGAACCUAACACAGUUAAAAGGGUUAAGUUUGAUGAAAAACAAGUUUUCUGGUUUUUUACCCCAAAACGUUUGUCAAAGCGGAACACUAGAACAGUUUUUGGUAGGAAAAAACCAAUUCACGGGUCCUAUACCAAGAAGCCUUAGAAAUUGCACCAGCCUUAGCAUUAUCGGAGUUGAAGAUAAUGAACUGGUUGAUAAUGUAACAGAGGCAUUUCACGUAUAUCCAUAUCUGGAGAGAUUUGUUGUGAGUAAUAAUAUGUUGUAUGGAGAAAUCUCAAAAGACUGGGGGGAUUGCCAAAAUUUGACAAUGCUCUCUUUCUCUGGGAACAAAAUCACAGGUGGAAUACCAUCUGAAAUGGGCAAGUUGAAGAUUUUAGCUGAACUUUAUCUGGAUUCAAAUAAUUUGGUAGGGAAAAUUCCAAAUGAGUUGUUCAACUUGUCUUCAUUAAUCGUGUUACAUUUGAGGAAUAACCAGCUUUCUGGUAGGUUGUCUUCGCAAACCGGAAUGUUAUCCAACCUACUACAUCUCGAUCUAUCAAAAAAUAAACUCAUCGGAUCAAUACCCAAACAAUUAGGGGACUGUUCAAAGUUACUAUAUAUGAAUUUGAGCACAAACAAAUUUAAUGAUAGCAUCCCACCACAAUUCGGAAACUUGGAGUCAUUACAGAUUUUGUUAGAUCUUAGUUAUAAUGAGUUGAGUGGAGAGAUACCUUCAGCUUUCGGAAAACUAAGCAAACUGCAAACACUAAAUUUGGCCCACAACAGGCUCUCCGGAUCAAUUCCAUCUUCAUUUGAACGAAUGCUUAGCUUGACAAUCGUCAAUAUUUCGUAUAACGAAUUGAGUGGUCCUCUUCCCAACAUCAAGGCCUUUGAAGAUGCUCCUGUCGAUGCAUUGAAGAACAACAAAGGGUUAUGUGAUAAUAAUUUCCGAGGAUUAAAACCAUGUAAUUAUUCCUCGGUUGUUAUCCAAAGAAAAGAAACCAAGCAUAAUACACUUGUGCUGAUAAUCCUACUUCCUUUGUUCGGUUCGUUGUUUAUUUUAUUCAUACUCUUCGCCAUUUUAUUUCGUCUUCGAAAAAUAUCGGCAGGAAAUGUCGAUCCUGGAAAUCAACCUAGUGCUACUAAUACCAGAAGAAAUCUGUUUUCCGUUUGGAAUUACGAUGGGAAAAUAGUGUUUGAAGACAUAAUUGAUGCAACCGAGGAUUUUGAUGCUAAAUACUGCAUUGGAACGGGUGGAUAUGGGAGUGUUUAUAAAGCAGAGCUGUCAACAGGUCAAAUUGUUGCUGUGAAGAAACUUCACUCGUCAGAUGAAGAUUCUGAGAUACUUGAUCUCAAGUCAUUUGAAAGGGAAGUUCACGCACUGAAAGAAAUCCGACACCGAAACAUUGUGAAACUUUUUGGUUUCUGUUCUAAUAUAGAAAGGAGGAUCUCAUUUUUGGUUUAUGAGUUUGUGGAAAGGGGAAGUUUGAAAAAUGUUUUAUGUGAUGGGGAACGAGCAAUGGGGUUCGAUUGGAUAAAAAGGGUGAGAUUCAUCAAAGGAACAGCUACUGCACUUGCUUACAUGCACCAUGAUUGCAUUCCACCAAUAGUUCACAGGGACAUAUCUAGCAACAAUAUUUUGCUGGACUAUGAAUAUGAAGCUAGAGUUUCUGAUUUCGGUACAGCGAGGAUUUUGAAGCCAGAUUCAUCCAAUUGGACUUCACUUGCAGGAACCUAUUGA